UGGAUUCCCAAGACAGUUCCGUUCCGAAUUUCAGAGAGAAUACUUAUAAAUAUGGAGGCGAUUUAUCAAUUGGUCGUAAUCUUAGCUAUUAUUUUUGGGCCUCUGCAGUUCCAGUACACGGUUUUAGCUGACCCUGUUUUUCGUCGCCCAAAUGCCUUAGCCAUCGCGCCCGCCCGCACCUAUACCGGUGGAUACAACCACUCGACAAUUCACAGAGCUGUCGAAAAGACCAAUUGGACUGCGCCGGCGGUUCACCAACCUGUCCUCCAGGCGCCCGGAUUUAUAAUACCAUCUCAGAACCGAUCGUGGAUUCACACCAACCAGGGAUCUCAUGGCGAUUUACCAGGUAGCGUCCCAGCGCAAGCUUCAGGUUUUUCAAGCGGCCGGGUGGCCAGUAAUAAUCCCCAAACAGGAGUAACUGGCGUUUAUCAACCAAACCCAUCCCAAGGUAAAAUCGUAAAUCCAGCAUUUGUCGUUGGCAAAAAUAAUGGAACGUUUUAUUCAACCUAUAAUACAACAGUCCCUGUCAGGACUUAUCCUUAUGGGAACCUUUCAAUUUGAGCAAUUAUAAAAUAUUACCAAAACCCAAUAAACCAAAUUAAAAUUAGCAUUCUUUUCAAAAAUCAAUUUAUUGUGCUCUUGAAUCGUUGCAUGUAUUAGGAUCAUCGGCAUAAGUAUUGGGGUUGCUUUCCGGUAUUCCAGAAGUGUAAAUAAAUGUAUAUUCAAUGAAGAUUUUCCAUAUAAGGGAUAAGUCAGGGAUGCGUAUUUUUGGAGGCGUGAUUACGCUGAUCACGCCACCUAAGUAUAUCAGCUUUGAACUAUCAAUAAAUGAAGUGACACGCAUGUAUAUGAAAUGCGAUUGCUGACCAAUUGCCGAAAAAUUAAACCGAUGAUCUUUAACCGAUGAGGAUCCCUCGCAGCCGUCAAAAAUUCCCACGCUGCAGUCCUAUGCUCCCACGCUGCCGUCAAAAAAUGAUCCCACGCCGCCGUCCAAUCUCAUAAGAAUCCCACGCCGCUGUCCAGAACCUCCAUCCCUCGCUGCAGUCCCGAUCUUCGUCUCCCACGCCGCAGUCAUCUCCAUUGAUAUAAAUUCCAGUAGUCUUAAGAAUAUUGUUCCUAGCGCCCUGGCCUAAACGCCCUAAUAGU